CUUAGUUUGUGGAAGGAGUUGAUUUUCCCCCUUUUACUUGGCCCCCACCCGCCUCCUCCUCUGUCUCUCACUGGACUCUGCCAUUUUGGCUCUCUCCCUUACCAAGCUUUGUGUUGUAAAGGAAAUGCUGGCUAGUAUUAUUUCCUUCUUAUAUUGACCCUUCCAAUGGCACUAACUGCGAGCAAGUUUUCAAGUAGUCCUGUGGCGACUGACAGGACAAGUAUCUCUAAAUCGCGAGGAACUAUUUCUUCAUUUUCCAAAUCAAUAAAACAUUGUGGGUUGCAUUCUAAAAAUCAAGGAGUUGAGCUUAGGCGACAGAGCAGUGGACAUCUCUUGACUGCUAGAUAUAGAUUUUCCAACAAGGGUUUCUGGCACAUAUGUGGAAAAACUGGUCAUUAUUUUUCCUCUAGGGGAUCUUCUGUGUUAUGCUGGUUAACAGGGACACAUAAGACUGAAGCAAAACAAUGUGUUGAACAUUAUAGUGAUUGUUCUGAUAUACCAAGUGUACAACUUGAAGAUGAGGAAGACGAGAAUCUGGUCAUGCCUGAAAGAAUCAUUCACUCAAAUCAGGGUUUAGCUGAAGCUUGUAAAUUUGUCUACAAUGAUGCAAAAUUUGUAAAUGAAAGGGCUCGUAAUGACAUGGUCUUGCUUUCUCGUGGCAUAAUGAGGUUGGAUGCCCGUGCACGCCAAGAUGUUGCUAUUCUUGGGUCAGAGUUUCUUAAGCUUGAUGCUCGGGCAAGAGAAGAUACUGAGAAAAUUGACCAUGGUGUGAAGAAAAAGGCUGAACGUCUUCAUCAUAUUGCUACUAUUUUGAAAGACAAAGCGCAGUCUAGAUUGAAAAGUGCAGCUGACAAGCAUUGGAGUGAUGGAGCAUUGGAGGCUGAUUUGCGCCGUGCUGACUUUUGUGCCAAACAACGUGCAAUGGAAGAUGCCCUAAUGGCCUUAGAGUUUGUAAAAAAUAUCCAUGACAUGAUGGUGAGCAAAAUGUACAAGUUGAAAAAAGGUACUCCAUCAUCUAAUGACACAAUGGGACAUAUAAUGCUUGAAAAGAAUGGAAAAACUCUUGAUUUCUUCCCUGGGGAAGUGUCCACUGAUCGCAUUACCGCUAUUCAGGAAGUUUACUUGAGUAUGGCCUCGGCUCUCUCUGAAGCUGAUGGAAUUGACUAUACUGAUCCUGAAGAGCUUGAGUUGUUAGUUACAACUCUUAUCGAUCUUGAUGCAAUGGAUGGUAAAAGCAGUGUUUCACUGUUGGCAGAGUGUUCAAGUUCUCCUGAUGUCAAUACUAGACAAGCAUUAGCCAAUGCAUUGGCAGCAGCCCCAUCCAUGUGGACUCUUGGAAAUGCAGGCAUGGGAGCAUUGCAGAGACUGGCAGAAGAUAGCAAUCCUGCAAUUGCUGUCGCAGCAUCAAAAGCUAUUUAUGAACUGAAAAAACAGUGGGAAAUAGAAGAAGGGGACAGUUGGAGGUUCACAAUGAAUCAAAAGCUAAUGAAAGAAGCUGAUGAUGUAGAAGAUACUGACUAAGAAUUAUCCAUAUGAUUAUACUGUAGAUAUCCACAUGGAUGGCCCAAGUAAUUAUUAUGGUAAAUCCACUAAUCUGAAGAAGUGAAAUGAAGUGCUGAAGUAAAACAGAGAGCUUUGUCAUAUGUUUUAAGAGGCAAACUUGGAACUAUAUAAAGCAUAUUCAUUUCCCCUUUCUUACACUUUCUGAGAUUCAAAUGGAACCACAUGGUUAGAAACUUGUAUCCUGCAUUACUUUGGGAACCAUGAUGCUGAUCUCUUUACGGUAACUAUGCUAACCAAAUAACUAUUACAAUAGAGAAGAUGAAGAUAGUUAGCCACGACUGUAGUUCUCCAUUAGAGGGGCAAAUAUGACUGAUAACUUUAUGAAAGCAUUAUGUUUAAAGAGAUGGUCAUUAUCCGCUGCAGUUGAUCAAUGCUUACUCCUGAGGAUGGUUGAAGAAUUGAUCAGUGUUUUGCCUUUUUAUUUUUCUGGUAUUGUAUUUGGUCUUUUUGUUAGAAUUGUAAAGACCGAGAACCUGGUAACAAUUGAUGAAUAGGAAUGUUGAAAAUUUGAGUAAUUUUACAUUUGGUGCCGAAUGACUUA